AUGGUGUACUACGCCUACGCAAAGAACAGCAAUGACGACUGGUCGUGGCGCUACGUUAUUAUUGCCCCCUCUUAUGAAGUUCUCAACCAGUGGUAUGAUGCUGUGAGAGCUCGGGUUGCUGAAAAUGUUUUCUGGCGCGUCUCCGAGGAUUUCUACGUGUUCGAUCGAAACAAGUUGAACCUCGGAAGAAGCACCAUGCCUGGUGCUGAAGCUCCUCAGUUUAUGAACAAGCUCAUUUUCCAAUUGCAAAAUGACAAUGAGGGCCGAGGCAUCUCGACUUUCAAUAACUCCUGGAACCGUUAA